AAGACGAUUUUUGUUGUUCCUAAGCAUUCAGUUUUACUGUCUAUCGAUUUAAACGAGACAAACACGGAGAUCUAGUGAAAAAAAUGGGCGAAAAGUUGUUUAUAGUUGUGUUGGUACUGCUCCACUAUUGCCUAUUCACUACAGCAGAUUGUGUCCACGAUAGUCGACAUCCUCAUAGCGGAAAUUGUGAACAUUACUAUCGAUGCAUCUACGGCACAUUGUACGAAUUAAGUUGCCCGGAUGGUUUACAUUUCAAUGUCAACACUGCGGACUGUGAUUCACCCGACAACGCCAAUUGUAAAAACGAAGACGAAUGUGUCAACGACGAUCUACUUCCACAUGCCGAGAGCUGUGAAUUGUUCUACAAGUGUUCGGAAGGCACUUUACAAGUUCUUAGCUGUCCCGAUGGUCUACAUUUUAAUCCGAUUGCAAAACAAUGUGACUGGCCUGCAGAAGCGAAGUGUGCCAUCGGUGAACACACUUGCGUCGAUGGAGAUCUAUUUCCUCAUGCAGAAAGUUGUCAGCUGUUUUACCAAUGCUCUGGAGCUAGUCUACAGGUUCAAAGUUGUCCUGAUGGACUACAUUUCGAUUCGAUUGGAAAACAGUGCGACUGGCCUGCCGUGGCUAAGUGCGCCGUUACUGAGGACAAAUGCGUUGACGGCGAUCUAUUUCCUCAUGAAGGAAGCUGUCAGAUGUUUUACCAAUGCUCUGGGGCGAGUCUAGAGCUUCAGAGUUGUCCCGAAGGACUGCACUUUAGUCCGACUGGAAAAUUCUGUGAUUGGCCGGAAGAAGCUAAAUGUGAAAAUACGGCGGAAAAAUGUACCGACGGAGAUCUGUAUGCGCAUAAAGAAAGCUGUGAACUGUUUUACCAAUGCUCUGGAGGAAGUUUGCACGUACAAAGCUGCCCGGCAGGACUUCAUUUCAACUCAGUUGGCAAUACUUGUGAUUUCCCUGAAGAGGCACAAUGUGAUGUGGAAAAAGAAAAGUGUACUGAUGGAGAUCUAUUACCUUAUUCGGAGGCGUGCGACCAAUUUUUCCUGUGCGUUCAAGGUGGAUUGUAUCUGCUCAGUUGUCCGGAUAGACACCAUUUCGAUGCUAAUGAAAAGCUUUGUGUUCUGACUUCGAAUUUUCCUGGAACUUGCUGAUAACUUGCAUAUCUGAUGAAUCUGACGGAACUUGAAGUAAUUUAUCCUUUUAUUAGUGGAAACGCUUUGUUUGUUACGUUCAAUUAUUGAAUAAAUAGAAUGAAAGAUUUU